AUGGGCUCUGAGGCAAUCUGGGACUUUGUCAUUGUCGGCGGCGGCCCCGCCGGCUGUGCUCUCGCGGUCGAUCUAGCUCGCUCGACAACCCAUCCUCAAGUCCUGCUUUUGGAAGCAGGUAUGCGGGGUGAUGACAAAUCCUUGCGUGUGGAUGGUCAGCGAUGGAACACCUUCCUGAAUAAGGAGGUGAACUGGGGAUAUAAGACCGCACCUCAGGAGAACUGCAACGGCCGUCAAAUAGACUACUCACAAGGCAAAGUACUGGGCGGUAGCACUGCCAUUAACUUUUCCGUCUUCACCGUGGGGCCUCGGGACGACUACAACGAGUGGGCGACCGUUGUGGGAGACGAGUUGUAUAAGUGGGAUCGCAUGCAGCCGCGAUUUCGACGCCUGGAAACUUUCGAUAGCACAAUUUCGGAGCUGAAGAACGCAAAAUAUGCUGGUCCGAAAUCUUCAGAUCAUGAAUCCCAAGGUGCUCUGCGAGUAGGCUUUGCUUCAGUUUGGGAGCAAGACCUACCGUUGAUGCUGGAUGUUUUCGAGCAGGUAGGCCUUGUUCGUAAUCCUGAUUCAAACUCGGGCAAUCCGAUCGGAAUGGUUCUGAUGGUCAAUUCAGCCCACAAAGGAAGGAGAACCACUGCAGCCGAUCUGCUGGGCACGGCGCCGGAGAACCUAACAGUCAUCACAGAGUCUCCAGUGCAGGAGAUUGUCCUUGACGGGAAGAAAGCGAUCGGAUGUCUCUGUACAGAUCACGCUUCCAAAGAAGUCAUCCUCGCCGCAGGCGCACUUGGUUCCCCGAAGAUCUUGAUGCAUUCUGGGAUCGGCCCUGCCGAUCAACUUGAGAAAUUCCAGAUAUCAGUUGUUGAGCAUCUGCCAUCAGUGGGCCAAGGUCUUGAAGAUCAUCUUUAUGUUCCUCUCUGCUUCCAACGGAAGACAGAAACGAAUGAUCGCAAUGCCUUUUUCGGGGACAACGCCGCCAUGGACCGAGCCAUGGCGCAGUGGAUGAAGGAUGGAACAGGGCCAUGGUCAUGCUACUCGUGUCAGAUCGCACCUGGCUUCUUCAAAUCAGACAAUCUCCUUGCGUCGGCAGAGCUUCGGGCGCUUCCACUAUCUGUUCAAGACUUCCUGAAGUGGGAGACGGUGCCACACUACGAGCUCUUGGCUCAUUUCCCUGUCCGUCUCGUCUUUCCCGGUGUUGUUAAAGACUACAGCUAUGUCUGCAUUCUCAUGAACGAGCAAUCCAGCGGCGAAGUCCGCCUGCAAUCGUCGAACCCAGACGACCCGCUGUUGUUUGAUCCCAAAUUUCUUUCCCAUCCCUUUGAUCGCCGCGCUUGUAUCGAGAUACUUCGCGACGCACUCCAAGUGACCAAGCACGAGUCAUUCCAGAGAGACACCGUGGCCCCAAUGGUUGUGCCGCCGUCCGAAUCCGACGAUGACCUCUUCGAGUUCUGGAAGAACACCGUCGGUUCUGUCUGGCACAUUGUGGGGACAUUCAAGAUGGGCAGACCCGGUGACGCGGACGCGGCAGUGGACAGUCGAUUCCGCCUGUUCGGCAUCGAGAAUCUGCGCGUGGCGGACAUGAGCGUUGUGCCAGUUCUCCUAAGCACCCACUUGCAGGUUCCCGCGUAUAUGAUCGGUAUGACCUGCGCAGAGGUGUUGGUCAAGGAAUAUGAUCUCAACAGUGCGAAGCGGCAGUCAAGCCGCGGCUGUAUACCUGCUUGA